UUGGGGGCGGGUUUUCGUCUACGUAGCGUUGGAGUCUUUUCUACGUAACGUUCGAACGGAAUCGACGUACGUCAGAUAUCUUGCGGAAGGAGCCACAACAAACAUGGCGGACGAUCACACAGACGCAGAUCAGUCCAUGGAGGGACACACUCCGGUUUCUGAAAACCCACACGCAGAGUACGGCCUGACGGAAAACCUCCAGAGGACGGUGGAGAACGAGAAGGCGAGCGCAGAGAAGAUCUCCAAGCAGAAGGUGGAUCUGCAGGCACUGCCCACCAGAGCCUACCUGGACCAGACCGUGGUCCCGAUCCUGCUGCAGGGCCUGUCGGUGCUCGCCAAGGAGAGGCCUCCGAACCCGAUCGAGUACCUGGCGGCGUUUCUGUUGAAGAACAAGUCUCAGUUUGACGAGAGGAACUGACUGAGGCUCGUCCUGGGAGUCCAUCUGCUAGUUUUUUUAUUUGAUCACAAUAAACGUUGAUGUGAAAGAG